AUGUAUGGAGGAGUCCUGGCAGAACACAACAGCUCAGAGGAUCUGCGGCUGGAGGGAGGAGCCAGUCGCUGUGUUGGGACAGUGCAGCUCAGACGGAAUGGAAGCUGGAGUCGUGGGAUUGGUGGAGACCUCUGGACCUUCAAAGACUCUGCUGCUGUGUGCAGAGACCUGGACUGUGGAUCCAUUCUCUAUAGUGACAAUAAAGAGGACUUCCCACAGAGCUCUGUGUGGAGGAUCAGCUCUGACUGUGUGAAGUCGUCUGCAGUGAAAGACUGCUCCUCGGAUGGUGUCUCCAGUUCCUUGGGUCUGGAAGUGAGGUGUUCAGACUCUGUGCGGCUGGUUGGAGGCUCUGGUCUCUGCUCUGGAUCACUGCAGAUAUGGGACCAGUUCUGGAUCUCGGUCUGUGAAGGGGCCUUGGACCAGAGGGGAACAGAGGUGCUGUGCAGGGAGCUGGGCUGUGGGGCUCCUUCUGUCCUCCAGGGGAAGCUCUCUCCUCUGGGGCAGACUUUCCACUGUGAGGGCCAUGAGUCUGCUCUGAUGGACUGUUCCCGUUCCAGACCCAAGACCUGUUCCUCUGAGUCCGUUGUGAACAUUACCUGCUCAGUUCCGCUCAGGCUGGUGGGAGGGGCCAGUCGCUGUGCUGGGACCGUGGAACUCCAACACAACGGAGAGUGGAGACAUGUGAUCUCUCGUGCAGCCUAUGACAUCAGAGUUCAGGGGGACAUGUCUGCUGUGUGCAGAGACCUGGACUGUGGCUUCCUUAUUUCUGGAGAUUAUUCACGUUUCCCAGACAGGCCAGCGUGGUAUUUGACUUCAGCAUGUGCACGGAAGUCCUCAGUGAGAGACUGCGUUGUGAGUCUGAGCUCUACUACCAACGAGGGACUGCAGGUGGUAUGUUCAGACUCUUUGCGGCUGGUUGGAGGCUCUGGUCUCUGCUCUGGAUCACUGCAAAUAUGGGACCAGUCCUGGAUCUCGGUCUGUGAAGGGGCCUUGGACCAGAGGGGAACAGAGGUGCUGUGCAGGGAGCUGGGCUGUGGGGAUCCUUCUGUCCUCCAGGGGGAGCUCUCUCCUCUGAAGCAGACGUUCCACUGUGAGGGCCAUGAGUCUUCUCUGAUGGACUGUCCCCGCUCCAGACCCAAGACCUGCUCCUAUGAGUCCGCUGUGAACAUCAGGUGCUCAGAGCCGCUCCGGCUGGUAGGAGGGGCCAGUCGCUGUGCUGGGACAGUGGAGCUCAGACAUAAAGGAGAGUGGAGAAAAGUGGUGAGCCCAUUUGGAAACUGGAUCCCCAAGCAAACAGAAACGGUGUGCAAAGAGCUGGACUGUGGGUCUGCCGUGUCUGAAGAAAAGAUCAAAGAUGGAACAGAGGGAGGGUGGCUGGUGUUCCCCGACUGUAUGACAGCGUCUACAUGCUCGGUGAAGCCUCAGUUCUCAGGAGGCUCCUUCCAGCUGCUCUCUCCCACUGGGAACCAAACCCUGCCUGCUGUCAAUCACUCUGCACACUUCCUGUUCAACCACACUGGCCCCGCCCACAAAGGAGACUACACUUGUGUUUACCACCUACAGGUGUUCAACCACAACUUCUCCUCCGAGAGCGAGAGACUGGAGCUGAGGCUGGGAGUUUCAGACUCAGCCCUGAUCAUCAGAGUCCUGCUGAACGUAGUGCUGCAUCUUCUUUACAUUCUCCCAAUGAGCUGCUACUACUGUAAGGUCAGGGCCAGAGGGGGCGCUGGACGGGCUGAGCUCCUGUGA